GGUCCUGCCCUGCCAAACGGCUCUGAGGCUGACAGCUGCUAACUGACUCACGGAGAAGGAUGACACGAAGUCUGCUACAGAGGAAGCAAGGAAGAAUAGGCUCCACACUGUGAGUAAGAUUCAAAAAGAAGAGGAGGAAUAAAGGCUGCAUGACUGUAGAGGGAGAGGAACAAUGUCUUAGAGGAGGAGCAGUUGUUUGGACAGAACUGAGCGGCCUAAGAGGCCACUGCAGACAACACCAGCCCGGGUCGAGCCAACUCUUGCACGGAAUACCGACCUUCACGGUCGCACCACGCAAAUUGUCUUUGGUGUCGGAUGCCGUUUGGCAGAUUAUACCAGAUGCAAACAUCUGCUCUGCACGGCCGUUAAGCGACGAGGGCGAGUUUCUUGCUGCAGCAUCCGAGAAGGACCUGCCGGUGUGCGUGCGGGUCUGAGUGCCUGCAGAAGGAAGAAAGAGAGAGAGAGAGAGAGAGAGAGAGAGAGCGUGUGCGCGUGCGUGCAUUUGUGUGUGUCCACGCGCGUGUGAGUGCGUGUUUGUGUGUCGCUAUGAGUCUAGUUUCGGGCUUCCCUCACCACCCAGUCAUGCACCACCACGACAGCCACCACUACUCCUUGCAUGCGACGGCGGCAAGUCGGUGUCACGAGGAUACCGGGGCCCCUCCGUACUUCACAAGCUGGUUGAUAAGCCACGCGGAUAUGUCUCCCACUGAAUAUAGCCUCGCACCCGGCUACAGCCCAGAGUAUCAUGGAAACAGUGGCGGCGGGUCCACCGCCGGCCUGGACCCCCACCAUCACCAUCACCACCAUUACGGACCCGGCGGCUUGGUUCCGGGAGCCGGCGCAAUCUCGGUGAACGGAGCCACGGUCGGUAUGCACCCCCACCACACGCAACCUCGGCCCGUGAAGCGGAGACCCACAGCCAACCGUAAGGAGAGGCGGCGGACCCAGAGCAUCAACUCGGCCUUUGCAGAACUGAGGGAGUGUAUCCCCAACGUCCCGGCCGACACCAAGCUGUCCAAGAUCAAGACGCUGCGGCUGGCGACAAGCUACAUCGCCUACCUGAUGGACAUCCUGGACAAGGACGGACAGCACGGAGACACGCAUGCGUUUAAGGCCGAGCUGAAGAAAACAGAGGCCCGGGAGGAGCGGAGGAAGAGAGAGGCGAUGGAGAUCCCGAAGACAACAUCAUUAUCAUCGUCCACAUCGUCAUCCUCCUCGUCAACGAGCGAUAAGAAGAGUAAAGGUCGGACAGGUUGGCCUCAACAUGUCUGGGCUCUGGAACUCAAACAGUAGCGCCCCUUCCCUCCUGCAGCCGACCCCUCCUCCAGCUCUGUCCUGGAGUAGAGUGAUGAACAAUAAUGACGCGUCUGCUGAAUGGUGGCAGUCAUCGGGAUCUCUCUGGACCUCGGGCCUGCACACUUCCCAUCGGUGGACGCGGUAUUGCUUGUAGCCUGUAGGUCCGUUCAUUCAGCUCUGGCUUCUCACAUAACAUAACGACACAUUAAGACACAUUUAUACAAAAACAAAAAUUGCCUAUUGAUUCAGUAAAUUGACAUUCUAGAUAGAAAUGAUUAUCAUUCAUCGCCAUCAAUCAUCAUCUCCCCAUAAUUCAACAGGCUAUCUAAAGCCAGUGCAACUUUUUAAAUCAUUUUUUGUUUUUGUAAUGUUGAGAACAUCUAUAAUCUUGGACGAGCAGUAUUGGGUUGAUGGGAAUGACGAAGUUAAAAUGAUACAUCAUGUGAGCGCGUGCAUUAAUAUAGGAUCCACUAUACACUGGUCUUUGAUAAAUCACCCCUCUCGAAUGUAUGGAUGGGAUGUCAACCGAAUCAAAGAACCUCUUGGGUUAUGUUCUAACGGAUGUGCGGCCUAUCCGUCUCCACGAAGCAAAGUAGCCCCGGACCAGCGCUAGAUUGUGAAAGGCAUGCGCGGAGCCUGUGUUCCUGUUGAGGGGGGAAAGGCGGAAUCAUUCCUCUCACCCACACCACCUCACACACACACGCGCGUCCGGGGUGUUGACGUGCUCUCUGCUUUAUUUAACGGAAUAUAUUUAUGUGCAAUGCGGCCGUCAAAACGACCCAACAGGUCUAUCGAUGUCUAACAGCGAACAUUUACUGACCUUUGGAUAUAAUGAUAAGGUGUAUGAAGUGCUCUCUGUCUCUCUCUCUCUCUCUCGCUAUCGCUCUCGCUAUCGCUCUCGCUCUCUCUCGCUUGCUCCUUCUCCCCCCCCCCCCCUCGCUUGCUCCUUCUCUGUCUCGCUCUCUGUCUCUCUCUCUCUUUCUGUCUCCUAUAUAACUUUCCCUAUCUCUGUCUCUCUCUCUGCCUAUCUCUUUUGCUCCUUCCCCCCCCCCCCCUCUCUCUCUCUCUCUGUCUCUAGCUCUCUCUCUCUCUCGCUCUGUCUGUCUGUCUCUCUCUCUCUCUGUCUUUCUCUCUCUUGCUCGGUUGCUCUCUAUUCUGUCUUUACAAUUUAUGGUUGUAAAUGUAAUUAGGUCACAAUGAUGACGAAGUGUCCAUGUUGUGGUGUUAAAAUGUGAGUCUAGAUAAUGCUCUAUUUGGGCUGUAAUCAGUGUCAUGAAUGUAAUAAACCAUCUGGUUACAUGGUAACUGAUUCAAACUGG